CCUUGACACCUCCAAACAUCUGCCGCCCGCAACCCCGAAUCCGACACCGACACCGCCCAUCCGCAACCCCCAAUCCUACACUAUCAAGAAUCCAAUCACCAUCUCGGCGGACCCAAGCUACAGCUUCUUCAUCAAACAUGGUCGUCCUAGCAGCAUCCAUCUGCACGCGCGGGGGCAAAGCGGUGUUAUCACGGCAGUUCCGGGAGAUGCCGCGGUCGCGGAUCGAGGGGCUCCUGGCGGGGUUCCCGAAGCUGACGGACGCGGGGACGCAGCACACGACGGUCGAGACGGAGAACGUGCGCUACGUGUACCAGCCGCUCGACGAGCUGUACAUGGUGCUCAUCACCAACCGCGCCAGUAACAUCUUGCAGGAUAUCGACUCGCUGCAUCUGUUCGCCCAGGUCGUCGCGAGUGUUUGUAAGAGUCUUGAUGAGAGGGAGAUUCUAAGGAACUCGUUUGAGCUGCUGAGCGCGUUCGAUGAGGUCGUCGCGCUCGGCUAUAGGGAGAAUCUGAGCCUGCAGCAGAUUAAGACGUUCCUCGAGAUGGAGUCCCAUGAGGAGAGGAUCCAGGAGAUUAUCUCGAGGAAUAAGGAGUUCGAGGCGUCUGAGGAGCGGAAGAGGAAGGCGAAGCAACUGGAAAUGCAGAGGAAGGAGAUGGUCCGGAGCGGUGGGAGCGGCGCGGGAAGCGGCGGUAUGGCUGGUGGCAUGGGCGCCGGAAGGAGCAUGGGCGGUGGUAGCAGCACGCCGAAGUUCAAUACCUACAAUGCCCCGGCUAAGCAAGAGUCUACCUACGAUUCCUACGAGGCGGAGAAGAAGAAGACGUACUUCUCGGCAUCGUCGGCACCGAAAGGCAAGGGAAUGCAGUUGGGGAAGAAGAGCAAGACUACCGACAUGUUCGAGAAGGUACGCAACGAGAUGGGAGGGGUGGACGCGGACGACCGCAGCCCGCUCAUGGGCUCGUCUACGCCUGACGUCGCCAGUCCUGCCGCCACCAGACAAACCUUCCCAGCGGACACCCACGGCGUUACAAUCACGGUCACGGAACAGAUCUCGGCGGACCUGGCUCGCGAUGGAAACAUCAAGUCGUUCGAUAUCAAGGGCAACCUCUUCGUCCGCGUGUCCGACCCGGCCCUCUCAAAGAUCAGGCUCGCGGUCACGGCGGAUACCAGCAGCGGCGCACAGUUCAAGACGCAUCCUAACGUUGACCGUGCCGCGUUCAACACCGGCAUACUGCAGCUGAAAGACACAUCCCGCGAGCUCCCCCUCGCUAGCCAGUCGCUUCUCCGGUGGCAGCAGAAAUCCGGCACCGCACCCAUCGCCUUCACAAUCUGGCUUAACCAGCUGGGCGGUGGCCGGUACCAGGUCACUGUUGAGUACGAGCUCCAGGACGAAACCAAUACCCUCCGCGACGUCACUGUGUCGAUACCGUUCCAGCGCUCGGAGCCGACGGUUACCAGCAUGGACGAGACCUACGAAGUCGCUGGUGACUCGCUCGACUGGACGCUGGCGAGCAUCUCGGAGGAGAACGGGAGCGGCGCUUUCGAGUUUGAGGCCGAGGCCGAAGAGGAGGCGGAGUUUUUCCCGAUGAGGAUUGGGUUCAGAAUGGAGAGGCCGGCGGUUGCCGUUGAUGUUGAUGAUAUCACGCUGGUCGACUCAGGUGACAGCGUGGAAUUCUCGAAGGAGGUCAAGAGCGUGGCUGAAAACUACCUUGUCGUCUAGAUUACUUUCUGGCUGGGGUUUAUAUGGGUGCGAGUUAAUGGGUGGUUCGCGGGGUUCGUGUGGGAUGGCGGUUUGCAGUGCAAUCGGUGUUUAAAAGCUAGAGCUCAAAGGAUGAAAUGAUGAUCAAAGCGAUGCAGCAUCGGCAUGAAGCGAG